CAAGCUAAUUGUUAACGAACUUACACAUAUAUAGUGCUUAGUAGCAACACCAUUUCACCAAUGACCCACAUUCUGCCAAGACAUGUUAACGUUUUAAAAUAGCUUUCUAGUGAAUCCAAAGACAGCAGCCUCCAUAUGAACAACUUGAAUGACCCCCCCAGAUGGAACAUCCAACCAGACCACAGAGGAAGGGGGGCGGGGGCGGGGGCCGGUGAUGGCAACCAAUGGAACUACGCCCUGCUGGUCCCUAUGCUGGGACUGGCUGCAUUUCGUUGGAUCUGGACCAGGGAGUCUCAGAGGGAAAUCCAGAAAGUCAGAGCCCAGUAUGACAAAGACGUGUCCACAAUAAAAAGCGAGAUGGAGGCAACGUACCGGGAGACACUGACAGAGAGGCGCAGGGCAGUAGCUACGCUAGAGCUGGAGCUGGAGAAGGAGCGACAGAGGGUCAAAGGUUACAAGCAGGCCCUGGUCUCACAGAGCCAUCAGCUGAUGGAAGAACGGAAACAGUUACAUCAGGAGCGUGAGGUCUUGGAGGAAGAGAAGCAAAGGCUGGUCAAGUCCGGCGCCACAGGAGCAGUGCUGCAUCACGCCCUGGAACGAGAGAACAACUGGUACCAGCGAGCCACAGCCACUCUGAAGGAGCUAGAGGGUCAGCUUGUGGAGCGCCAGAAUGCCUACUGUUCCCUCGUCCAACCGCGAGAUCAGCGACUGGAGAUGGAGAAGAACAUGCUGCUAAAGGUCGUCAAAAACCCCAUCGGGGCGGAACUGGAUCUAGAGUCCGAUCUGAAAGAUAUUUUUAAGAGAGAUAAGCACUGUGCGGACCUGCUAAACAUGGACAAGAGGAAGAAUGGAAGCCUCAUGUGGGUGUACCUCAAGUACUGGCAGCUGCAGGUCACCGUCCAGAAACAUAAGAGAGCUGAAGAAGCCAUACUAGGAGAGAAAAUCCAGUCUCACACAAAGUGACAAACACAAGCUCGUGUUUUUCCACUUGACUUUGAAGAAGGUUGAAAGUAUGUGGCUCAGGAAUGGAAAAUGCAUGUAUUAUUUUGUGCGAUUAUCUUUCCUUGAUAGGGAUGUUAUGGAAACACACAAGAGGUAAGGCCAACAAGAUAAUGUUCCACAUCUGAAAGUUCCUCCCUUGAUCUCAGAGUUUAAAAAAUAAAGGGGCAUUUUGUCAAGUUUUAAGCUUGCUUAAAUACAAUACGGUAUUACCAUAACUUCAGAAGCCCCAGUUAAUUCUCAUUAGCUUUCAAUUACUGUGUGAAAAUGCAUAAUGAUAAAAAUGCACUAGGAUCAUUCAGGUGAUAUCCAUAUUGGAUGCACAUCUGAUUAAAUACAUAGAACAUUUUGUCGUAACAUUUGUGUCGAAAAAACUUCUCCUAGUGCCAUGAAUUACUGCUACCUUCAUAUAUUGUGCGUCUGGACAUUUUUGUUCCCACGCCUCAGUUAUGACUUUAGGGAGCUUUUUAAAGCCACAGUUAUGAAUUUAGGGCUGCCAUUAACUGUUCCCAUGUGAUGUGAUAUUACACAUCUCUUUGUUGCUGCAAGUGUCUUCAGAAAAAAAAACUACUUUUGAACAAAACAGCAAGGAAUCAUUAACACGUUGAAAAGAAUAUUUGUGAUGGACUACUCCUGGAGAUAUUUCUCAUGAUAUCUGUUGCACUGUCUGUUUUUACAGACACUGCUGUCCAUGACUUAGAGCAGUGGUUCUCAACUUUUUUGGGACCAGCCUCCCCCUCCC